AGUGAAGAUUUGACAAAAACUCGAAAAUAUGGAAGUUGUUUACAAGUAACACUUUGUAUGUAAAUUAUAGAAGGAAGACUUCAUCUCGAAGCGAGAAGUGAACGUUAGUUGCUCCGCCGCCGUGUGCGCAGCACGUCGCGGCGACCGUUAAGUGCGCCUGAGCAUUUAUAUAUAAACUUUGCGUAGAAAACCUCGAUUUCACCGUCAUAAUUGGUUGCGUGCCAUAAGCGGCUUUAUUUCAUCAGAAAGUGAGUUCUAAGUGGUUGACGCUGGACUUUACAACAUAAUCUUGUAUUAUAAUAAAUUAAGAAACGAAGCAUAUUUGUGUAGAAACGUUGACAUGGCAGCAAAAAUAACACCGAAACCUCGAAAAAGUUGGCAAUUUAGCAAAGCGUACCUCGUGGCCUACAAUGGUACGCAGAUUGUUGGCUGGACAUAUAUGUUUUUGCAUACGUUGGGUUAUUUCUUGAAUCGUGGAACCCUCGAUAACUUCUGGAAGGAGAUCAGCUGGAACUUGGUAAUUUUUCAAAACGCUGCAGCGUUAGAAGUUCUACAUGCGAUAUUGGGGAUUGUACCCACCGGUGUAUUCUUGACUCUCACGCAAGUGACAUCUAGAGUAUUCCUUGUGUGCGGCGUUCUACUUGUGUCAGAUGCGGCAACAAUAAGCCCCGGCAUAGUGCUGUGUGUGCUUGCGUGGUCAGUCACAGAAAUAAUCCGAUACGGUUAUUAUGUAGCCAACGCGAUCGGCCAACCGCCACCGCUGCUGAUGUUACUACGAUACUCAACAUUUUUCUUGCUGUAUCCACUUGGAGUUACUGGAGAGAUACUGUGCAUAUAUGACUCCCUGAAGGAUAUUUCUGCUCGUCAGUUUUGGACAGUACCAGUCUUGUCAAACUACGUUACUAUAGCGAGCCAGUACCACAUAAUCUUUAGCAUGUUAUAUCAUUACUUCCUUAUUUGUUGGAUGUUGCUGUACAUACCUAUGUUCCCGAUGUUAUUUGGACAUAUGAUGCAACAGAGGAAGAAGGUAUUAUCCAAAUUUAUGAAAUCUUAUUGAAAAUAAUUGAACUGCGUAGACAAUAAUGUAUAUAGAUAAUAUUAAUGCUCGCACCGCACGGCUUCCCGUGCGAGGUAGCUGAGCGUGCGAAGAUGCGUAACGAGGAUGUGGAACGAUUCUGGAUGUACGAGAUAGUUGAGCGGUGGGACGAUGUGUAGGCUCUGUUGCGGGCUCCUUUCAAAAAAGCGGUGAGGCGGGAGCGGAUCUUUUUAAGGUCAUAACGUUCGGACUCCAACCGCGGCUGCAUUGCGCGGUCAUUAUUCUUCGUUUAAUAAAUUUUCAGCAGUAAUUCAGUCAGCAGUUUUCUUGCGUAAAUGUUAAAACGUCAUUUUAUCAAGUAGCUUAUAUUACUUUUCCUGCAGUAGAAAAUGUGCUGCAAUACUGCUUGAAUCGACUGCAACAUUGUUUUUGAUAUUUGCAGCAGUAAUGCAGUAGGUAGCAAUUUCACGCUGCAAUACUGCAGCAGUAUUGCAGCUGCAAUCGGAAUCUGAACAUCACCUUUAAUGUAUUUCGCUCGCGUCCCUACACAUUCCUCGCAACACAUUCCUCGAAACACAUUUCUUGCUCACAUCCUUUUCUUGUUUUAUGUGUACUAAAACCUUGUUCCACUGAGCUGUUUCUACUAGACCUGUGUUGAGCGAGGAUGGGUAAAUGUAGUGUUACUAUUGGUUCAUGACAAACACAACCAUCGCUAUGCAUCCUCGAACUGCUUUGGUGGAAACGCACCUUAAGUAAUUUAUGGACUAUUCCAUGUUAGGUUUUCAAUUCAAGUCCAAAUAAUCAAUGUCCGUCUGUUUUUCAUUUUCAUAUUUUGUUAGUGUGUGUGUGUUUCAAACAAUUAUUAAAAUAACCCAAUUUUAAAAAAUGCAAUAAAAAAAUUACUUAAAAUAGUAGUAAGUGCUAGGAACACUCCAUUGUAAUUGUUUAUUGGUUAAGUUUUAAAAGAGGAAUAAUUCUAAAAACAUACCUCAAAUUUAGAGGUUUCCACUUAGGUUUCUGAGUCCAAGCUAAUUUCCGACAUUUCCGUUGACCUCGUCACACUGAAAGAGACCUGCACCUACGUGCCCUACUCUGUUUACGUCAAUGAGACAGAAAUAUUAUUUUAAAAUACUUGAACAUGAAAACAAGCUUAGUUAUUGUGUAUUGUUUUCAAUAAUACUACAGUUAUUAAAUCAGUUUUGGUUAUAUUUUUGCGAAUGACCUAGAAUACUCGUAACAAUUACAAUGUUGGCAUGUGUAUAUUCUGAAUAAUAUUUCUUGUUAGGAAAUAUACAAUAAAUGUAUAGUUGGUGUCAUCCACGGUUACGUGCAGAUUAAUUUUGUCAAAUCUAUCCUUUAAUAUCAUGAUAAUAUUAGUCAAGGCACGUGUCUACGUGAAUGACACGAUCUAUAUUAUCUAUUUAGAUAAUCUAGUUAGAUUAAUCAAGUUUGAUAUGUACCGAUUCUAUUUCAAAAAGCGAAAAAUGUAAAUAGGACUGUAAUUCGUUAACUAUGUAGAUUGUAUUUAAAUUAUUAUGUUGUAAAAUAAGUUGAAAUAAAAAUUUAUUUUUUUAAA